GAUGAAGAAAUGCCUCUACCCGGCGCUGGCGAUGAAAAUGAGGAGCAAAUGUUCGAGUCAGCUCAAGGAAUGCUAAACGGGGUGCGCAAUGAGAACGAUAUGGAGAUGCAAGAUGAUACUGGGAUGGGUCAAAACACUGCAAAUGGCAAUUCUCAGCCACAAACAGCUACAAGCAAUGAGCCCCGAAAACCCAAUAAA